AUGGCAACAGCAACCCUCUGCCGAGGCGCCCUCCGCCGCUCCGCAGCACCACUCACCUUGGGCCUCUCGUCAGGCCUCUUCCUCGCCCACCGCCAGCACCAGCGCCACCCCAUACGCCUCGACGCCCUGCCCGCCUCGCGCCCCAACUCUCCCGCAAUGAGCCGGGCCGUGGCCGAGUCGGAGGAAUGGCUGAACCCGGAGCUGAUCAGGCAGCUCUCCGGCGGGAGUCUCGCAGGUUUCCUAGCGGGCCUAGUGGUCAGCGUGUUCUCCAAGACAUUGGUCCUGCUCACGGGGCUGGCCAUCGUCUCAGUGCAGGUGGCUUCGCGAUGGGGCGUCGACCUGCUCGCCGUGCUCAAGAUUCGCCAGCGCAUAGAGUCCUCACGGGUCCUGUCGGCCCUCAACAAGAACCCAACCUUCAAGCUGGCUUUCGGCACCACCUUUGCGCUCGCUGCGUUCAUGCAUUUUUAA